GUAACCCUACCACUGGGGAAUCCUGACCUUCCUGACAGUGGCCAGCCCUGAGGAUCCGCGCGGCUGGGAAGCGGCAUUUCGCUCAGUGCGCCAGCGUUAUGUGGUGCAUCAUGAGGGCCGAGAGGACCUGCUGGAGGCCCUGGCUGCCGAGCCAUCCCUGGUGGAGGAGUUCGGGUCCAUCCGGGUCUAUGACGGGGAGGGCUUUGUCGACUUGGCAGGGGAGACGGCACCGUUCCUCCAGCACCUGGCUGUGAGGGCCUUCCAGAGGCAGCUGGUGAGCUGGGAGUACUCGGCCGAGCCUCUGCCCAGGUGGGUCAUCGUCAAGGAUGUGGUGGAGAAGGAGCUCCUUAACCCCCAUGUCAGCAUGGAGUUUCGACAGGGCGCCCCAGCUAUCAUCAUCUUCCGGGGACCCCGCCAGCAGGUGAUCGAGGUGGAGAGCCGGUGCCAGCAGCUGCUCAGGGCAUUCCGGGUCCUGUCGGUGCCCGUCUCGCCUCUCCAGGUGCGCUUCAUCCAGGAGCACCGAGAGGAUGUCUUCACCCCCAGCUUCUUCCUGGACCGGGGCAUCGCCGCCAUCCUAGAGCUCCCCCCUGCUGUCUCGGGAACCGAGCUAGCCUGGGAUCUUCUUGCCAAGCCGGAGCUCCCCGCCGGUGACUCAGGGACUGAGCUGGCCUGGGACCUCCAUGCUGGGCUGGUGCCUUCUGAGGGUGUCACGGUGGCUGGGCUGGAGCAGGAGAAGCUGCAGCAUGCGGCGGAGCUGCUGGGCGGCCUGGUGGGCUGCCAGACGGUGCCGAUCGAGGAGGGCGUGCACUGGGCCACACAGGGUCAGGAGUGGGGCGAGCUGCUGGCUGGGCUGGGCGCCCAGUGGGACGUGGCCCUGCAUUGUGCCGCGAGCCGGGAGCAGCUGGUGGUGGUGGGCUUCCAGCCCUACGUGGCCCAGGCGGAGGCGGCCAUCCAGGAGUAUCUGCAGAAUAACUCACCAGCCAAGGAGCGGCUGGACAUUCCCCAGCCAGAGCUGGCAGAAGCUGGGGCAAAGCUGCUGCACUUGAUGGACUGGGAGCACCUCCAGGUCACCGUCCAGCUGCACCCCAACACUCGGGUGCUGUCCCUGGGGCUGCGGGGCCUCCUGCGUCACCUGUGGCUGGCCAGAAGGGCCAUCAAGGCUGACCUGGACUCCCUGGUGUUGGGCACAGUGCCCAUCAGGGGCCGAGCCUUGGGCGAGUACCUCUGUGGGGGGCGACCCUCCUGCAGGACCUGGCUCAGCAGCUCUGCUGCGUGGUGAGCCUGCGAGGAGACCCCCCCUACAAAUGGCCCCUCCAGCACCUGUGGGCAGGUGAGAGCUGUGGGUGGCAGCCUGAGGGCGGGCAGGUCGCCCAGGGUCGCCGGGUUUGUCAGAGUCAGAGACACGGGAGCUGGCACUACGAGAACUGGGGAGGGGCGGUCUGGGCUGAGAGGACAGGACUCCUGGGGUCCGUCUCAGGUCUGAGAGGGCAGUGGGAUCCAGUGGG